AUGUCAACGUAUACUGUUCCGUUCAUCAUCAACGGCGAAGAACGUCGCCCGGAGAAGACUUUUGAUGUUGUGUCACCCGACACUGGGAAGGUUCUCCACCAGUGCGGAAUUGCCACCGAGGCCGAUGUCAAUGCUGCCGUUGAAGCAGCCGCAAAGGCGUUGCCAAAAUGGAGGAACACGACACCAGGUCAGCGUCGCGAUAUCAUUCUAAGGGCAGCCGAUAUUUUUGAUAAGAGGCGCGAUGAGCUGAAGCCGUACAUGCAGGAAGCCGUGGCAGCAGCAGUAGGGUGGGCCAGCUUCAAUAUUGACACGACCAUUGACAUCGUUAAAGAUGUCGCGGGGCGAGUAAGCUCAAUAGCUGGCACGGUGCCUGCACUUGCAGACCCGAAUCUUGGUGCCAUGGUAGUCAAGGAGCCUUACGGCGUCUGUUUGGCGAUCGCUCCAUGGAACGCUCCCUAUAUCCUGGGUACCCGUUCGGUUUUGUUUCCUCUGGCUGUGGGCAAUACAGUUGUCUUCAAGGGCUCAGAGUUGUCUCCACGGGUUUUCUGGGCCAUCGCCGAUGUUUUCAAGGAGGCUGGGCUUCCCGAUGGCGUACUCAAUUUCAUCUCAACGGAUCCCGCACACGCAUCGGAGGUCACUACUGCCCUGAUUGCUCACCCUGAAGUUAAGAAGAUCAACUUCACUGGCAGCACUGCUGUUGGCAGGAUCAUCGGUAAGCUCGCUGGGCAACACCUGAAGCCAGUAGUCCAAGAGCUUGGUGGCAAGGCGCCGGCCAUUAUAUGGGAAGAUGCAGACCUUGAUCUAGCCGCAGAGCAGUGCACGCUAGGCGCCUUUAUGUUCUCUGGACAGAUCUGCAUGAGUACUGAGAAAAUCAUCGUCCACAAGAAAGUCAGCCAGGAGUUCAAGAAGAAGUUUUCGGAGAAAAUUGAAAAGAUGUGGUCGUCCAAGGACGACGCGCCAGUCCUCAUCAAUGCAAACGGAGUCGAUAAAGUCAAGAAACUUCUGAAGGAUGCCGUAAGCAAGGGUGGUGAGGUGGUGGCUGGAAAUAUUGAUGUUGAAGAGUCAUCGAAGACGCGACUUAGACCUAUUGUCAUUGGAGGUGUCACGCCCGAGAUGGACCUCUACAAGACGGAAUCUUUCGGUCCCUCUGUCAGUUUGAUCGAGGUUGAGACAGAGGAAGAGGCUCUACGGAUCGCAAACGACACAGAGUACGGUCUGACAUCGGCAGUUUUCACGGAGAACCUGAGAACUGGAUUACGGUUCGCGAGAGGAAUCGAAUCCGGUGCCGUGCACAUCAACAACAUGACCAUCCAUGACGAAUCGGCGCUCGCCCAUGGUGGCUGCAAGGCUAGUGGAUACGGAAGAUUCAACGCCAGUGCUGGCCUUGAAGAGUGGCUCAGAACGAAGACAAUCACCUGGCGUUCGUAG